GGAGAUGAAUAAUCGUUUUUCAGAAGCAAGUACCGAGUUACUUACUUGUAUUGCAUGUCUUGAUCCAAGAAAUUCUUUCUCCCAAUUUGACAUCGAUAAACUGAUUCAUAUGGCUGAAAUGUAUGCGGAAGACUUUUCUUCUACCGAUCGUUUUAUGCUUAAGCAACAACUUGAGACAUACAUUCAUGCCGUAAAGAGUCAAAGUCAAUUUCAUGCAAUUGAAGAUUUGGGAAGUCUAUCCAAACAAAUGGUUGAAAGUGGCAUGAACCUUGUGUUUUCAUUGGUAUAUCGUCUAUUGAGUUGGCGUUAGUUUUACCGGUUGCAACAGCUUCAGUUGAAAGAGUCUUUUCUGGCAUGAAACUCAUCAAGACUGAUUUACGAAGUAGAAUGGGAGAUGAAUGGAUGAAUGAUAGUUUGGUGAUCUACAUGGAGAAGGAAAUUUUUGCCAAGAUUAAAAAUGAAGCAAUUUUGCAACGUUUUCAAUGUAUGCAGACAUGCCGCACACAAUUGUCUAAAUUGGUUUCUUCUUCUUCUAACAUUUAAUUGUAAUGUAAUGUACUAUUCUCACAAAUUUUAUAUUAUGUAAACUUUAAUAGCAAUUUAUAUUUUUGCAUUUGGUAAUACUUUUAGCUACCCCUUUGUUUUCGUUCUGGUUCCGCCACUGCUCCCAUCUAUUAGAGAACGGAGGGGAUAUUUGAUUUGCUUAAUUUUUUAUAUACGUAAGUAAUUUAAGAAUUU